UUUUUAAAAUAAAAUUUAAAAUAUCUCUUGUUGUUUUUUGGAGGUUAGUUUUUUUUUGCAGAAGAUUAUUAGAUUAUUGUAUACGAAUUUGUGAACUCGAUAUUGAAAAUGACUACAAUUAGGCCAUUCACUUGUGAAGAUAUGUUAAAAUUUAACAAUGUGAACUUAGAUCCUUUGACUGAAACGUAUGGGUUAUCGUUCUACACGCAAUACCUGGCUCACUGGCCAGAAUACUUCCAAGUUGCGGAGUCACCAAGCGGCGAGAUUAUGGGAUACAUUAUGGGAAAAGCUGAAGGUCAUGGAGAGAACUGGCAUGGGCAUGUCACAGCACUGACUGUGAGUCCUGACUACAGGAGGCUUGGUCUAGCUGCCACUUUGAUGAAUAUCCUCGAAGAUGUGUCUGAGAAAAAAAAUGCCUACUUUGUGGAUUUGUUUGUAAGAGUUAGCAACAAAGUUGCCAUCAACAUGUACAAGAACCUUGGCUACAUUGUCUACCGGACUGUGCUGGAAUAUUAUUCAGGAGAUCCUGAUGAAGAUGCUUAUGAUAUGAGGAAGGCAUGUUCCAGAGAUGUGAAUAAGAAAUCAGUCAUACCACUGACACAUCCAGUGAGACCAGAGGAUGUCGACUGACAUAACACAGCCUCUAACGCUUAGAUCUCCAUCCGGUCAUAACCUAUUACAUAAUAUUAAUUGACUUGAGUACAUAAAAUAAAAUUAUAAUUUUAAUAAGA